UCUUGUCAGUUUCACUUUUAAACUGGAAUUGGAAAGGCUGCUGGAGAGAGAGAAUGAACGAACGAACGAAAGAAAAAGAAAGAAAGAGAAAAAGUUGCAUUUAGAGCAAACUUAUAUCACCCCAUUUCCUAACCUCACGAACUUUGCAAGUGUGGAUACAGCUGCAACGCGGUAGCUGAAGCUGUGCACAGCAAGAUCCCACAGACAGCAAUGAGAUAAAUGACUGACAAGAAGAGGGGGACCAGACGGCCCCGAGCGGCGAUCUGGAGAGCAGUUUUGUCUGUGUGGUUGGAGGGAAGGUUUAUUUCAACUUUAAAAAAACGAUGAAGGUCGGGAAGAUCAGAGGAUUCCUCCUGGUCCCGGACAGGAAUGAGGGUUCAAUUUACACCCGGGGUCAGCUGGUGUCCGGCCGAGUGGUCCUGGACCUCCGGGCAGCCAUCCGUGUUCGCUCGUUGCAGAUCUGCGCUAAAGGAAUGGCAGCGGUUCAUUGGCUGGAGAGUAGGAGCAUCGGGAUGAACACAGUCUAUUCAGAUUACAGCUCGUAUGAGACCUACUUCAAGAAGAGACAGCACGCGAUCCGAGAUAAUGGUGAUGUCACCGUUCUCCAGGCUGGCAGACAUGAGUUCCCAUUCAGCUUUCAGCUUCCUGAAGAGAAUCUGGUGACAUCCUUCGAGGGAAAGCAUGGAAGUGUGCGGUACUGGGUCAAAGUCAAACUUCAUCGUCCUUGGGCCACUGUUAAGAAAAUCAAACGGGAGUUCACAGUAAUUGAGCCCAUUGACAUCAACACCCCCUCAUUGCUGGCUCCCCAAGCGGGCACAAAAGAGAAGUUGGCUCGUGUCUGGUACUGUAACCUUGGUCAUGUGUGCCUUACAGCAAAGAUUGACCGAAAAGGCUAUACACCAGGUGAGGUGAUCCCCAUUUUUGCUGAGGUUGACAACUGCUGCUCCCGCACAGUGACCCCCAAAGCUUCCAUCGUCCAAAUUCAGACUUUCAUCGCCAGGGGGACGAUGAAGCUGAAGAAAUCGGUGGUGGCAACUCUGCAAGGCGAGGGUGUUGCCCCCAGGAAGAGGGGGUCAUGGCAUGGCCGUCCCCUGAAGAUCCCGCCCCUGUCUCCCUCCCUCUUGCAGUGCAGGGUGAUUCGGGUGGAGUACAUGCUACGGGUUUAUGUUGAAAUCCCGGGAACAUCCAAACUGUCCCUGGAGCUGCCCCUCGUAAUUGGCACAAUCCCCCUCCACCCGUUUGGCAGUCGCUCCUCCAGUGUUGGGAGCCAAUACAGUAUGGAUAUCGACUGGCUGCGCCUCGCCCUCCCUGAGAGACCAGAGCCUCCCCCUGAUUACUCGGAGGUAGUUUCUGAGGAACAAGCUGAACGGACUGACCAAGAACUGUCCCUCCCAGAGGAGGAUGAGGUAAUCGGGGGAAUGCUGGAGCGACCCUUCUUUGCCUACGUGCAGGAAUUCCGUUAUCGACCUCCACCCAUCUACUCAGAGAUUGAUCCCCAUCCUCCAAGAUCAGACAUGCGUCGCCGAUGUAUGACCUGCUGAAGAAUUCACCGUGGCAUGCAACACACAAAAUAAAAAAGGAAAAGCGAGAUUUUAAAACCAGCUUAAGGGCCUAGGGACACUUCCCAGACACCUUGAAAGCAAACUCGGGAUAUUGCCGUCUGAAGAGGAACAGGACCAACCCUCGUAAAGGGAAAGAGAGAAUGAUCUCUGACCUCUGUGGAGAUGAUGCAAGUUGGAUUGGGAUCCUCAGCCCGCCUCUUGCCUUGUGCUGAACUGUUUGCCGUCUCUCUUGGCUACCUGUUCCACUGAGCUUAACAUCUCCUCAAAUGGCUCCAUGCCACUGCCUCUAGCAGAUCCAAUGGGCAGAUGUGACAGUGACAGAUGAUGCAUAGAGGGUUCUUCUAUAUAUUGGACACGUGGUAGUUAAGUGGGUUCAACACUCCCUCCCCUACCUCCAGUGUUGAUGACUCUCUGGUUGGGUAUUUGUUUUGCCAGAGCUUGCUGUCAAUCUGCUUUGCACCUCCAACUUAUACAAAUGGGUACAGUACACACCAGAGAAGGUGUUCGGGAUGGGUGGGGGUCUUGGUGUUUGUUUCUGCAUGUAUUCUGGGAGUUAGAGAGCCACCCCAGUUUAAGAAGUCGAUGUUUGAGAGUUUGAUUUGGCCACACAAAUCCUGCCUGAUUUACUUUUUCAUAUUAUGUGAACUGUGCGUCACAAUUCACCAAUCUGUAUUGUGGCUAUGACCUCCCCAUUUUGCCCCCCCCACCAUCAGUCACGAUAUAUCCAUAGAGAGAGAUUCAAUGCCAGGUGGCGGUCAAAACACUGGUGGGUGUGAGAGACUAGGUUUCAAUGUUAGAGGAAAUUUUUUUUUAAAAAAAAGAAAAAAAAUGAUGGAAAGUGUUUUUUUUAAUAAUUUCUGAGGUAACCAGCCCUCAAAUCCAAAUUCCAAGACGAUCUCCUUGAGUGUCAAAGCUGGGGUUGUGGAGAAGAGUAGUACAGAACAUCCUGAGCUGAGAGAAUUUCUGAUGUAGAGAUGAAUCCUUGCAAAGUUAUGAUCAAUAACCAUUCUUUAUUAUUUCAUGCCUUUUACGUCUUUUUUUUAAAAAAGAUGUCCUAAGGUUUUUCCCCAAGAUAAAUGGACAGUGAGCCAGAAAGGGAGAGAUUAGGAGAGGUGAUUUGUCAGAGAAAUGGAUUUUGAAAGGUUCAAUAAGGGGACAGAGGUGGCGAGGCAGAGAGAGGGAUUUGGGAAGGAAUGCUAGAGAGUAAGAGGAGAGGUUGCAUAAGAUAUCACUGAUCAGUGGUGACAAAAUAUGGCCACAGUUAUGAUAAUUCAUGCUUUCCCCAUUAGAAGGAUCUGCAGAAUUGUAAUGAGUUGUUUUCUUCUGUGCCUUUUUUUAACAAAGUCAGGGUUAUCUUUGUAAAUGUGUAAAGAGAAACAGAUAUGACGGUGUUAAUCAACUGGCCUUCUCCUGCAUUGUGGAGUUAGACCUAUAAUGUGACCAGAAUCCUACGCCUCACCACACCUCCUGCUGCCUUAGUAGGAGAACCUUCCUCUCUGAGCAACUAUUACACUAAUUCUAAAAGGGAGAACAACAGCAACUAGUAUUUUUGUAGAACAUUUUAAGUGGUAAAAUAUUCCAAAGUGCUUCACAGGGGUGUAAUCAAACAAAAUUUGACACCAAUUUACAUAAGUUGAUGAGCUCAGUCAAUAAGGAGCAACUUGAGUUUAGAGAGGCAGAGAGGUUUGUGAAAGUAAUUUCAGAGUUUAGGACCCAAGCAGCUGACGCUAUGGUCAUCAAUUGUGGAGUGAUUAAAAUCGCAGGCACGGGGAUCCUGGAAUGUUGUUGGAGGUUUACAAGCAAGACCAUGGAAGAAUUGGAAAACGAGGAUAAGAAUUUUAGAGACUAGGUGUUGCUUAACCAGGAGCCAUUGUAGGUCAGUGAGCACAAGGGUAAUGAGUGAACAGGAGUUGGUGUGAGUUAGGACACUGGCAGCAGAGUUUUUGGGUGACAAGUUUAUGGAGGGUAAAACAUGCAAUAUGUUGGUAAUUUACAUUGAUUUUUGACAUCUUUAUUUGGGUUUUACUUGAAAGAAGAAAAGUUAAUUCUUGAAGAUAACUUGUAGUGAUGGAUGGUUGUACUCAUGGUUUGGGGAUAGUCAUCAUGUUGCCAACCCUCCAGGAGUGCCCUGGAGUUUCCAAAAAUUAAGGAUUAAUCUCCAGGAGACUACAAGAGAAAAUCUUUGGGAAGAAAUAUCUCAGAGACAUUAAAAGAUAUUUUUUCUUUUUUUUGACAUUUAUUAGUUACAAAAAUAUUAGAGAUGGUGUAAAAAGGCUGGCAGUCACAAUCCAUCUAAAUGUGAGGGAGGGGGAAUAGUGAAGAGGUGGUUUGCUUUCUGGCCGUGGAAGUUGGGGUGAUGCAAGAAUGGGCUUGUAAGGCAGCCAGUGGUGCGAGAUUGAGGGUGGGAUUUUGGAGACAGGAAGUCAGAACCUUCAGGAAUGCAUCCUGCCAGAGUUGGAAACCCUUAGGUUUAAGGGAGAGUUGCAGGAAAUAUUUCUGGUUAUAUGGAAGAUGAUUAGAAUUAUAUCCAUCUUCCUUGUAUAUAAAAUCCUACACACUUUUCAGGCUUUAAAUUGCCUCUUUUUUAAAAUAAAAGUUAUUUUUGUAUUUUUUUUACAAUAAAACAUUAUCAGAUCCUU